ACGAGUUAAAAAUCGUGAAUUUCGGCGAUCCGUAUAGCGAACACAAAUUGCACAGCCGCCACCGAAAAUUCUGAUCAAAGUAUGUCUCACAAGGUCGUCUCCGUCGCCGCCGGAGAAGCUCACACUCUCGUUCUUACUGCGGAUGGAAGCUUGUUCUCUUGGGGAAGGGGGACAUUUGGGCAGCUCGGCACCAGUAAGGAAGACGACGAGCUCUUUCCGGUUCCAAUUGCAUCUUCUGAUAGUUCCAACGUGUCACAAGCCAACUACAUAGGGAUUACUUCUGGGGCUUACCACAAUCUUGGCUUACUAGGCAUAAAACGUGUCUAGCCAAAUCAUUUCUUCACGUAAUUAGUAGUCCUCCAGUUGUUCUGAUUACCACCUUUUUACUUCUUCAGAUAUGCAUUUGUCGAUGAUCCUUAAGUUGAAAGUAAAAAUUAGGUUAUGCACUCAAAGCUUUAAGUUCUGCAUUUAAAAAUGAAAGUCAAGU